AUGGCACUCCGCCACAACAUCUCGGUCAGCCUCUGCCCUGUACACCAUCCUGGUGCUCCAAUUGGCACCGUUUGGCGUCCACCAACUCGAAGAUGGGCAACUUUCGAGCCAUACAGCUAUCAGGCCGUGCUGGAUAGUAUCAGCCACUACUUCAGUGCGACUCCGAGCGCACACCAAGUCACGCUGCAUCUUCCUCAGCAGUGUGAUGUGGCUGUGACAUCGCAGGAUCUCAGACCUGGUGGGCAGUACCACUUGCUGGACAGGCCAAAGGCUCUCCACCUUCAUGUUCAUAUCGACAGGAAGGAUGGAAAGGAUGGCGCCAUUCCGGUCAUCAAGCCCACCGAGUCGGUAACGAACUCCCAGCGUCGUGGCUCUGGCGAUAUCUUACAAGCUUUCAAUACCGAUCCUUCGUUAGAUGAUAAGAAGGCAGGACCGAGUCGCAAGGCAGCUAAGAAUCCCCCACUGCGUAUGCUGAAGACCGCCUCUGAGCACGUGCCAAUGCAUACCACUGCUGGUCCUCAGCAAACAAAAUCGACUGAGAGACAGAAACGAAGCAAGGACAAGCCGGGCGACGCCCCUGUCGCACGACCUAUACAUGAAGUCUUCAGCAACAAUGAUGCGGUAGUAUCAUCCGAAGAGGAACUCCUGAAAGGCCCGACGCCGACUGAUCACGCCACUACCGAACGAGCCCAGCACCCGAAUGAUCCAGCUCGCAUCGCAUCCGCGCAAAUCUCGCCGCAAGUCCCCAGAAUGAGCAGCGCGUUAUCAUCAUCAUCUCUGAGCGACCUCAGCGAUCUGGCCUCAUCUGAUUCACUGCAGACUGAAAGUGAAGACCACCCUGAUGUUGGAUCACCUGUGCAGACCACCACUCAAGCCUCUAGCACCGAAGGCGCAGCAUCAACCUCGCAGCAGACAUACCUCAGAGAUUUAAUGCCAGUCAAGAACCCUGAUACUUUUCGAAGGGAGGAGCAAAUCUUUAUGGUUCGGAUCGGGCGCACUGAGCAGAACGUAGGCAAUGCUGGUGACAGCACGGUAGCCUGUCUGAGCCUGGUUGUUGCAGAAGCGGGACCGGAAAACCUAGAAUACAGGAACUGGAAUGUUGCAUGCUGGUCCAUCAAUGGUAUGCUCGUUGGAGGAUGGGGAAAUUGCCUGUCGUUGCUCAAUACAAAUCCACGCAGAAUAUAUCAGGGGUUAGAGAUCGACUUGGUCUUCGACCCUCUGUUCGAAAGCCUCGUAAAGAAGGACGCUCGUGAGGCUCUGCUCGUCCAACUCCGCAGAGACAGGAUCGAGGACAAAGAAGCACCGCGAGGGCUUCUUGCGGCGCCAAUCAUGCUCGUGCACAGCGAGCACGAGUUUGGGCCGGUUUGUGAACAUCAGCAGCUCGAGCAAGGAUACAUCCACGUCGUCCUGGACUUCAUCAACGAGAGUAGCCACAAUUCUCUCGGCACCAAAGUCAAUAUCCAGUUGGAGGCUGACAUGACAGAAAGCUUCGAUGACAUUCGGCGCUCCGCGAAGGAGCAGACAACAGACACUGCGAACGUUGAGUCGUUGAUGGAGGAGAAGGAUCUUGAGAUUGAGUUGUGGGUCUUGCCGCAGGGCUCGGGACGACAUGUCUAUCUGUGGAAGCCGGACUCUGGACUGGUUAUUGGCAACUUUCUCAACCAAGACGUUUGGCCAGGCGGCAAGUCGUUGUUCAUCGAAGCGGUCCUCAAAGACAAGACAGGCAGACUGCAAGACGCUGGAAAAGAGACUGAGAAGGCCUCCUCACCAUCUACCGGAGAAGUGCGAGAUGUGUCUCGGGCAUGA